AUGAGCACCGGGGUGCUGAGCCCUGGGGGGCACAGAGCUUCCAGCAGCCCCCAGCAGACCUCAUCCAGACCUCGGACGUCCUUCCUCAUCCAGGACAUCCUAUGGGAUGGGGUUGAGAGGGGAGCACAGGUGGAUCGAGGCGGGAUACCAGAGGAUGGGGAGCAGCAGGAUGGCCCUGCAGUAUCCCCAGCACAGCCCCACGAUGCAAAUCCAGAUGCUGAGACCCCACUAUGCAGCCGUGACCCCCCCCAGAAGGUGCUGCCCCGACCCCCCCGGCCAGCAAAGCGCUCGCGGGCAGCCUUCACCCACAGCCAAGUGUUGGAGUUGGAGAGGAACUUCAGCCGCCAGAAAUACCUGUCAGCCCCCGAGCGAGCCCACCUGGCCCAGAACCUGCAGCUGAGCGAGACGCAGGUGAAGAUCUGGUUCCAGAACCGCCGCUACAAGACCAAGAGGAGAGCGGGGGGCUCCGGGUUGGAGGUUGGGACCACUCACAAAGCAUCCGUGCUGCCCCCAGCCCCACUGCUGGCUGCUCGCUGCCUGCCCUGCUUGUGUUACUGGAGCCCUGCUGCCUGGUGAGCGCCGUGCUUGCUGUGUUUUCCCCUCAAAUGCUGUUGUGUUUGUUUUUCCCCACCCCCUCUUGCCGUGUUGCCCUUGGCCGUGUUGAUUCAGAGAUGCGCCGUCAAGUUCAAGUGAUGCUCUGUGUCCUCUAGUACAGCACCAGCCUCUGUCAU